UAGCUGUGCUUAGGGUGGGAGAAGUGCUAUAUUGUCAUCUUAGGUUGGUACAUAUUUAGACUACCAUCAGUCAUUAAUCAGAGCGACGUUGUUCUGUGUCUGAAGAAGGAGAAGCUUCGACCUAUUCCUUUCAUACCCCUUUUGUAUAUUGCGUUGUCCCUCCUUGUUUCUAUUUUGGACACCAAGGAUUUGUCGAGAAAAACAAUCAUUCAAACUUCUUGGAGAUGGCAAACAACCUUAUUCCAAGCGUUCUGUGCCUUGAAGCUUAAUGUUUGCAAGCACUUUUGGUUGCCGGCGCUGUCCGUCUUCCGUCUAGCAGACCACGAUUGCUGUGUUGAUUCUUUAGGCUACCCUAACCCUAAGCCACCUAACCCGGGACGAACAAUGUCGUGGCAUCUUCGACAAGACGACCAGAAAUACCCGAAAGGGUUUAAGUUAAGGCUCAAUAUAUUUUAUUUCUACAAGAAGUCAUUUCUCCCUGUUUCCAUCUUAUGACUGAGAGAAAUGCAGGCAAGAGAUGAAUAAGUUCUAAUUAAGGAAAUCAUCGAGCGCGAUGGCGGCUUGUACAACGCGUGGUGGCAACGAGGAGGGAACAAACUCAAUGAAUUCGUACCUAUUUCUUGUGUUAGAUAAAAGGCCAAACUUCUAUGUUAUCGUAGGAUGUACAUCCGAGUUUGGUUAUCUUAUGACGUACGAUAGCAGAUAUUGUUACCUCUGGGACUACCUAGAAUUGUUUCAGUUUUGAUGUGCUUAAUAUUCGCACGUCGUUGAUUUCCACCUGCUUCUGGAAAAGUUUAUUCCAGCAGGUUUCGUUGCCUAUGUAACAAGAACAGAGUCUUGCUUCUACACCUUUGCUCAGAUUGAGAAAGACCACAUGUACCGAGCCAAGUGGUGCCGGCCGCCAGAGUGGAUGGAGCAAACCGAGUUUAAGGACGUUGACAAGAAGUUUGCGAAGCUUCAGCAGUUGAAGAACACGGACUUUCGAAAGAAGGUGAAGAGGAGGGCGAUGCUCAGCACAUCAAAGGAGAAGAAAGCAGGAAACUGCAGCGUCCUAUCCGACGACGAGGUCGACUCACCAUCGCAUUUGCGCGCCUCGGAGAUACGCCAAGUAGUACCGUCAGCGCUUCUCGGCAGCGGUAGCAACGUGACACAUCUAGUCGAGGAUGCGUCGAGUGGUGUGGAGGCUGGCAACGGGCCAGCUACCUCGUCGUCGAAAGAGCCAAUGCUCGAAAUAAGCGAGGAAGAAAAGGCACGUAGGCAAAGCACGGCAGAUGCAGCUGAAAAGCGGGCGCAGUUUAAGGCAAGGGGGCACAAGGGUACUUCUACUUCCGAAGAGAUCUCUGGACGUACGCGUACUUAGCUCUCAUUCCUAUGUAUGUAUGACCUCAAUCAAAUAGUUGGUCUGUUUAAAGGCACUUUCUGGACGAGAUUGCGUCGGGUCGUUAUUUAUUCACUCUUGGGCUUCACCUUUUUGAACAACACAGGUACUUACAAGUUCGGUCAAGACGCAACAGCAGAAGACCUCAAGUACCUAAACAAGACGCUAGACCCACGAGCGUUAGCCGGAAAGGCGGGGACUUACAAGUAUUUUCAUUCUGUCGACCGUUGACGUGAUCAGUCUCUUACUUGUAUCUAGCAGACGAUAUGUCAGCAAUGAUCGCCAUCUUCGUUACUCAGUUAUCCUCGCCUGAACCCUUCUUGUUCCAAAUAAAACCAGGUUUGACAGCCAUUGCGAAGAGGACUACUCGCAAAAAUGGCCCGAGAAGCAAGCGAACGCGCAAAAGGAUCGAUUACCGCCUGACAGCGGGGAGAAGGUACGACACCGAAAUUUGAACGACCCGAAACUAAUCAAUGACGAGCGCAAAACUCUCGGGAAAAAGGCGGAGAAGCGGGAGGAGCUCGAGAAGCAAAAUAAUCAGACGUCGUCUAGUAAUGCAUCACGGGUGGGAGGUCGGAAGGGACCGAGUACCAAGGGCGUCAAAGUCGACGUAGCACAAGAGCUUUGGUUUAUAGACCCUAUGCCCACCGCUUGCAGCGCGAGCUCAGGUGGCAAGCCGAAAAAGAAGAAAGCCAAGGAUGACACCCAGCUUCUUCCGGGUGCGCUCACAGCUGAGGCUUGGGUCAAGGGUGACGCUGCGACAUCAGCAGACCAGCCCAAAAGAAGUGCGGCCUCAGCGGGAUCCAGUAUUUUUUUAACAUUCAUCUACCUAGAAGCUGAUACAGACGUGUUGAUAGAAACAGGUGUGAUUGUUCGUAAUCUUCAUUCAUUUAACAUGUCGAAGUGACGAAUUCCGUGCUCAUCUUCGUUUCUGACUCAAAUCGAUUUACGACAGCUCUCCGAGGGUCAGCGAAGUACACGCAGCAUAUAAACGUCCCGAAGCACUUGAGGAGGGAGAUGCUUGGAAUGCCAAAAGGUGGGCCUUUACUUCCGUAUAAAGCAUUGCAGAGGCUAACCACCUACAGCGAUUUGGACUACUCACUGCUGAGAACGGUACUACUUUUACCGAUGUAUGACUUCCUGAAAAAGCUAAUCGAAACUUGUAGGAGGCAUGCAAAUGGGAUUUGAAAACUCGCUGAAGGGAAAAUGUUUUUCAUCGGACGAAAGGAGAAUCGUCUUGAGGUUGUUGUUAACAAAUAGAAAUUUAGUGGAGCGAGGUUUUCUACUUUUCUAUUUCAACCCCUAAACCAGGAUAUCCAAGAGGAAGUGAAGAAAACAGGGGAGAUAAAGCAGUUCUACGACAGGCAUCCGUACUUCAGAAAAGGUCAGCGAAGCCGUUUUUACAAUAACUCGAGCCAAGCUGCGGAGCUGAUUCACGCAGGUUCUUACCUAUUAAGACUGCAAGAACAGUGCAAAUUGUUGAAUUGUGUGACCAGUUUUUAUGAGGCCCUACCCUCUGGAACUGGAUGAGCAAAUCAUGUUACUACCAAAAUAUUCUGGUAGUUUCACUUCCUUGAGACGAAGAAUAACGAUUUUCUCGAUCUUCUUGAACGCUGGACUUUUUACGGCUACUGGUCAAUAUUCAGGUGCGUCAGAGAACUUUCCGGGCUGGGAUAGUGACCCGAAGCAGUAUCCAGGCUACCCCUUCAACAAUGAUUAUGAUCGACGGGAACGAGGAGAGUUGAGGCAGCACGUCGGCGAAGAGACCUUCGCGGCAUGGGAUAAGCCACUAGUUUCGGAGCCGCGAGAGCGCAAGCACAUGAAGCCACGUCCGGAAAUGAAGCGUCUGGAAGCGCAGCUCUCAUACUUCACGCAGCCUCAGCGCAGCACGUGUUUCGCGCCUGACCACGACUCGGACGCGGAGAACGAGCAAAAUGCCUGAGAGAUUUUGGCUGCGGGGCAAACGGCGCUGAGCGGCUAGUGAUAUUUUUCAUGCUCCUUUUGCCCGGACUAAAUGAGUAGACUCUCCGUCUUCCCCUCAUUCUGCUCUCUCAGUUACUAGAAAUUUAUCGUAAACGUUGUUUCAACACAAGAACCCACUAGAGCACCUUGCCACAUUUGAAUCGCCACAAUGGAUUAGCAGGGCAUUUUUCUGACAUCUACAUCUAUUUAAGCAAAAAACUCAUUCUUGCAAAAAGAAGAAGUAGCAAAACUCGGAUUUCCUAUAAGCAUAUGAAAUAACAGAUAGUUUUUGUUCUUUAUGAUUUUCGGUUUUCGAUUUUCACUAUUGCGCCAACAUCCAGCGCUGAUGACGCAGAGAUGGAAGAAUCAAGUACGUGUUGUAGUCGUAGAAUUUCAUCGCCUUCGAAAAUCUCGCUGUGAAUUAC